ACUUGCAUUAAAUACUGAUGACCAUACUAUAAUCAUAAUAUACCAAAUAGCAGGUGGAAUCUUCAAAGAUUAAUGUGCAAAAAUUAAUUUAUCCAAAUAGUUGGGGCAGAGUUUCAAGAUGGCGACGUAAACAUCUGCCUUUUAGGCGCUCUUCAUUUUUUAAACUAUAAUCACCCUUUAAUCAAAUCUUUUCAUCUUUAUUACAUGGGUUGAUACUUACGAUUUAUUUCUUUUCUAAAAUAAUACUUGAUUUAAUCUUUCCAAACUUAAAAUGUCUGCACCUAAGAAAUCGUCUAAAGAGCCUCUAUCUAUUGACGCAAUUUCUAAUCUUCUGGAUACUAAACUGGAUAAUAAACUUGCAAGUUUGGAAAGUAAAAUAACAAGUCUGGAAAAUAAGCUUACUGCGAAAAUGUCUGGGCUCGAAGAAGUCGUUAGAUCGUUUGAUACCAAGUUACAAUCGCAGGCAGCAGAUAUUGAACGACAUGAAGAAAAGUUCGCAGCUCUUGAUAAGUUAAUUUGUGAAAAAAUACGUACAAUCGAAACACUGGAGAAGAAGGUACUGUCGACUGCUAAAACAGUAGAGCAUUAUAAGUUUAAAAUCACCGAUCUUGAAAACCGAUCUCGCAGACAGAAUUUGCGAAUCAUCGGGUUUCCUGAAAAUGUUGAAUCUGGUGACUUAACUGAAUUUUUCUCUAACUUAUUAUGGGAAGUUUUUGGCGCUGAUGUUUUGAAAGCUAAAGCUACUAUUGAUCAUGCCCACAGAGUUUCGAGAUUUUCGAUCUCGAGAGACAAGCCACGAGCUGUGAUUGUUCGCCUCCAUUAUCCUCGGGAGAAAGAACUUUUAAUCCGACUAGCUCGUCAGAAAGAUGUCGUUUCUUCUUCCCAUAAGACUUUGCUUUCCGUAAGCAUUCAUUUGUUUGCUUGUAUUUGAGAAUGGGACGAAUGUUUUGGAUUUUUGGACCCUUUUUUUAAUAUUGUAGUGAUUAUUGAAUCCUUUUUUAAUUCUAUUUUGAUAAGCUUUUUUUAAACUUUUUUAAUAGAUUGGUGAAUUUACAUUUAUAUUUUGUAAUAUGGCUUUUUCAAAAUGUUGUUUCUUCUUCCCAUAAGUCUUUGCUUUUGAAACAUCAUUUUUUUGUAUUUGAAUAUGGAAUCUUUUUUUUAAAGGCAUAUUACACUGUUUCAAACUUUAACGUCUAUCCUUUUUUAAUUAAUGAUCUUUUACUUUAUUAUAUUACUUUUUUUUCAUUUUGAUUGAUAUAUAUUCUUUUUUUUUUGCAACCCUGUACUUAAAUCUGGGUGUUUUAUAAUCUCUUUUUAUCUUUUCAAGGAGUUGCCAUCUUGAAAUGGGGGUAAUAUUAGUAUUAGUUUGUGCGCCUGCCGCUUGGCUUUUUUUCGAGGGGUUGGGGGAGGGGGUAGGGAUCUUUUCUCACGCUUUUGCUUUUUAUUUUUUUGCUUUUAGUUUAUGGGCCGACUUUAAAUUAUUAAUAUUGUUGAGGUGUCAUUUUCUCCGGUUGCUCCUGAAUCAUUUUUUCUUCUUCCUGAAUUAUGGGUUAUGUGUCUUCUUAACCUUUUAUGAUAUACACAAUCAAUAUUGGCAUGAUGGAUAAGUCUAUUAAUUUUAUCUCUUGGAAUACUAAUGGUUUAAAUCAUCCGAUUAAACGUAAAAAAAUAUUUAAAGUAUUCCAUAGACUGAAUGCUAAUAUUAUCUUUGCACAGGAGACCCAUAUUAGGAGGGAGGAUAAUCAAUGCUUUUUUAGGUUCUGGAAGGGUCAACGAUUUCACUCGAACUGUACUGCCAAAAUUAGGGGUGUGUCUAUUUUUAUAGACCCCUCAAUUUCUUUUACACAUCAUGAAAUUAUUUCUGACCCACAGGGCAGAUUUUUGUUGAUUACUGGUUCACUUUUUAAUCAAAAAGUGGUUCUAGUUAAUAUUUAUGCUCCAAACUUUGACUGCCCUGAAUUUUUUAAACGUUUAUUUACUUCCCUUCCUAAUCUAAAUGAAUAUAUGUUGAUAAUGGGUGGAGAUUUUAAUUGUUGUCUGAAUCCUUUGAUGGAUAGAUCUAAACCUAUUCGAACUCUUCCAAAUAGAUCAGCCUUACUUAUUAAUUCUUUUAUGGUUGAUUCGGGAAUUACUGAAAUAUGGUGGUUUUUGAACCCUAAAGAUAAAGAAUUUUCAUUUUUUUCACAUGUAUAUCAUAGUUAUUCUAGAAUUGAUUAUUUUCUUAUUGAUCAUCAUUUAUUAACAGAUGUUACUGAUUGUAAAUAUGAUUCUAUUGCCAUUUCGGAUCAUGCACCUUUGAAGUUAUCUAUCAAGAUUUUGGACUCUUCCAUUAAUACUAGAUCUUGGAGACUCAACGCUACUUUGCUUCAAGAUCCAGAAUUUAUUACCUUCAUAAAACAACAAAUUGACUUAUUUUUUUUCAACAAACUAUACCGAAGAGAUUGACAGAGGAAUACUUUGGGACUCUUUCAAGGCUUUUAUCCGUGGACAAAUUAUCUCAUAUUCCGUUGGUAAAAGAAAACAAAGAUAUUUAGAUAUAGCUUUAUUGAUGGAUAAAAUUAAAGAAAUUGAUAAGAUUUAUUCCGUUAUUCCUACCAAAGAACUUUAUAAGAAGAGAGUUGAGCUUCAAAUGGAACAUAGCUUAUUAUUAUCUUCUUCAAUUGAGAAUCAAUUAAUCAAGACCAGGGCUCAAUUUUAUAUUCAUAGUGAUCGAACUGGUAAAUUGUUAGCUAACCAAUUAAAAGCUAUUUCGACUAGGUGACAAAUUAUUAAAAUUCGUAAACAAGACGGUAAUCUGACUACUGAUCAUAAAGAAAUUAAUAAUACUUUUCAAGAUUUUUAUAAAUCUUUAUAUCAAUCAGAAUUUGAUGGCAAUCUGUCCAUGAUGGAUAAUUUUUUUAACAAUUUAAAUAUUCCCAAACUGACAGAUGAAGAUCUAAGUGUGUUUGAUGCUCCUAUUUCUAUGGCCGAAGUAGGAGAGGCUAUCUCAUCAAUGAAUUCAGGGAAAGCUCCUGGUCCCGAUGGUUAUAUUAUAGAAUUUUUUAAAACUUUUUCUUCUUUGCUUUCCCCUUGGUUAUGUGAAAUCUUUAAUGAUGCAUUUACUAAGAAGAGAUUACCUCAGUCUUUUUAUGAAGCUACUAUCUCUCUAAUUCUUAAAAACGAUAAAGAUCCUACUUUAUUGUGCAUCUCAUCGCCCUAUAUCGCUAUUAAAUGUAGAAUCUAAGAUUCUUACAAAAAUUUUAGCUAUUAGGUUAGAAAAAGUAUUAUCACAGAUUAUUUCAGAAGACCAAACUGGUUUUAUUAGGAAUCAGUAUUCUUUUUUUAAUGUUAGAAAAUUGAUUAAUAUAAUUUAUACUUCUUCACCCACAACCUCAGAAUGUGUUAUCUCAUUAGAUGCUGAAAAAGCUUUUGAUAGAGUUGAAUGGACAUACUUAUUUAAUGCCUUGAAAAAUUUUAAUUUUAGUUUUAAUUUUAUAUCAUGGAUUAAAUUAAUAUAUUAUAAACCUGUUGCUUCUGUUCUUACAAAUAACUAUAGAUCCUCUUUUUCAAUUAUCUCGUGGUACGAGACAAGGUUGUCCCUUAAGUCCUUUAUUAUUUAAUAUCGCAUUAGAACCUUUAGCCAUUGCUAUUCGUGAAUCUCCUAAUAUUUUUGGUAUUACUCGUAAUGAAAAGUUAUACAAGUUAUCACUUUAUGCUGAUGACUUGUUGUUAUAUAUUUCUGAUCCUGAUAGGUCUAUCCCCGCUAGCCUAUCUUUGUUGGUUCAAUUUGGUAGUUUUUCUGGUUAUAAAUUAAAUUUGGAUAAGAGUGAAACAUUUCCUUUAAAUGAGCAAACUUUAUU